UAUAAGCGAUACAGAAGUGUGUAUCUACCUUGAUAGUGACCCCACGGUUUUUAUUGCGGGCUUUUUGCAUUAUAACGGAUAAACCAGUCGAUGAGAAGCGAGCGCUGAGACGGCUGUCUUUUAUUUUGUUGGACACAAAGAUUUGGCAAUGGUAUAUAAACAGACAUUGAUGCUGUGUUUGUCAGCGUGGCUGGUGUCAGGUCAACGACCUUCGUUUGCAGGUUCGAAGCCUAUUGGAUAUCCGGAGUUAAUUACCUCAGAGAGCCCUCUCGGUAACAGGUUUGGCAGCGAUGAUGUCCCGUUGCCAGUAGAAGCAAAAGGUGAUAGGGCUCUCGUUGAGCGUCUCUCCAAACUACCGAUCGACCAGCAACCAUUCUGGUACAUCAAUUGGAAGGCGAUUGAGGCAAAUAACAAGAACCCUCAGUCAUAUCCACAAAGAGGCAACUCCUUCAUCGACCCCAACACCGGUUCAGCUCCCAGUGGUGCCCAAAAUCCUGCCAACACUAAUAACGCACCUAAUUCUUCUGACCUCACCUCAAAGUUCGGCAGCCCUAAUGUAAAUUCAUUCUCCAACACGCAGCAGAAGCAACAGUACCGUCAAAGGAAUUACGGCCAUUAGUUGUAUGAAAUAAAAUCACAACUCCACGAAAUAAAACAUUUUAUAUUGACUUUUAAAUAAAUAAAACUUAAUUAAUA